AUGGCCACUGAAGAGAUCACCAUCGUUUGCAACCACUGUGACAGAGAUAUUCCAUCACCAAAUAUCGAUCUGCAUCGUGUACAUUGUGCCCGAAAUCUAGAAAAAUGUAAGAUUUGUGGUGAUAUGGUACCGAAAAAGCAUGCUGAAGAACACUUCUUGAACACACAUGCUCCGGUACCAUGCUCGAUGUGCAAAGAAACUAUAGAACGUGACGUUUUUGACAGUCAUAAAGGAGAAAUUUGCCCCAAAAGGAUUGUAACAUGUGAGUUCUGUGAGUUUCCAUUACCUGCGGUUGAUCUUGCUGAGCAUCAGGAAGUAUGUGGCAACCGGACAGAACUCUGUUAUCAAUGCAACAGCUAUGUUAGAUUGAGAGAAACAUAUAACCAUGAAACAAAAUGCCCUGGCACUGUACUCAACAAUGUUGGAUCAUCCAGGUACUUCUUCUUAUCUGCAUUGGUUUCUUUCCGAAACUCUGGUUCAGAGCUUAAUCUUUUGGCUAAACUCAGUGUUGUUGUGGCAUGGAUUCUAAUGUUUAGAAGGAUCCCAAGAGCAGCAGAAGGAGAUGGAAACGGUAGGAGGCGAAGAGAUGGGAACGGUGUUUCGCACAAAAAGCUUUUCUUCACGAUAGCGAUAACUGUAUCAAGGACAGAUCAAGGUACAAGUGGUCUUAGACAUAGACAGGAUCCCAGGAUGCCUCCUCAAGGUGUCCGGCUGCAUAUCCAAGACCGAUAUGUUAUGAUGGACAAUGGAAUCCUCCAAGUUACAUUGUCUAAACCAGGUGGUAUCAUCACUGGCAUAAAGUAUAACGGUAUUGACAAUGUGCUCGAAGUUCAUAACAAGGAGACUAACCGAGGGUACUGGGACCUGCACUGGAAUGAACCUGGAGGCAAGGGAAUAUUUGAUGUCAUCAGUGGAGUUACUUUCAGGGUCAUAGUCGAUACUGAGGAACAAGUUGAGAUCUCAUUUGUAAGAACAUGGGAUCCAUCCCUUGAGGGCAAGUACAUUCCCCUGAAUAUCGAUAAAAGGUUUAUAAUGCUCCGUGGCUCUUCUGGAGUUUACUCAUACGGAAUUUAUGAACACCUUAAGGAGUGGCCUGGCUUUGAACUUGGAGAAACAAGAAUCGCGUUCAAGCUCAGAAAAGACAAAUUCCAUUACAUGGCUAUGGCAGAUGACAGGAAAAGGAUAAUGCCUUUUCCAGAUGAUCUAUGCAAAGGAAGAUGCCAAACUCUAGAUUACCAGGAAGCUUCCCUGCUCACUGCUCCCUGUGAUCCACUCUUACAAGGCGAAGUAGAUGACAAAUACCAAUACUCGUGUGAGAAUAAGGAUCUGAGAGUACAUGGAUGGAUAUCGUUUGAUCCACCUGUAGGAUUCUGGCAAAUUACUCCCAGUAAUGAGUUCCGAUCAGGUGGACCACUCAAACAAAACCUCACCUCACAUGUUGGCCCAACCACUCUUGCAGUGUUUCACAGUACACAUUAUGCGGGAAAAACUAUGAUGCCUCGCUUUGAAUGUGGUGAACCUUGGAAGAAAGUCUAUGGCCCUGUUUUCAUUUACCUAAAUUCCACAGCUAAUAGAGAUGAAUCACUCUACUUAUGGGAUGAUGCUAAGAUAAAGAUGAUAUCUGAGGUUGAAAGCUGGCCUUAUAGCUUUGUGGCAUCUGAGGACUAUCCAAAGUCUGCAGAACGUGGAAGGGCCCGUGGUAGAUUACUUAUCCGCGACAGGUUCAUAAGCAAUGAUUUGAUUUCAGCAAAAGGUGCUUAUGUGGGUUUGGCUCCACCUGGUGAGGCUGGUUCCUGGCAAAUAGAAUGCAAGGGAUACCAAUUUUGGGCGAUAGCGGUUGAGGAUGGCUAUUUCUCAAUAGAAAACGUGCGUCCUGGCGAGUAUAUUUUAUAUGCCUGGGUCCCUGGUUUUAUUGGAGAUUAUCGCAACGAUACUAUUGUUUCUGUGACUUCAGGGUGCAAGAUUGAAAUGGGUGAUAUCGUCUAUGAACCUCCAAGAGAUGGACCUACCUUAUGGGAAAUCGGCAUCCCUGACCGAAAAGCUUCUGAGUUUUUUAUCCCGGAUCCUGAUCACACGCUUGUAAACAGGGCUUUAGUCCAUCAUCAAGACAGGUUCAGGCAAUAUGGGUUAUGGAAGAGAUACACAGAUUUGUAUCCUAAUGAUGACCUUGUCUACACUGUCGGUGUAAGCGAUUAUCGCAGAGACUGGUUCUUUGCUCAAGUUCCUAGGAAGAAAGGAGAUGUGCAUGAAGGAACAACUUGGCAGAUUAGGUUUAAACUCGAAAACAUUGACCAAAAGGCGGAUUACAAACUGCGAGUUGCCAUAGCAUCUGCAACCUUAGCCGAGUUGCAGGUUAGAGUCAAUGACGCUGAAGCAAAUCGCCCUCUGUUUACCACCGGACUCGUUGGGAGAGACAACUCGAUCGCAAGGCAUGGAAUCCACGGAGUUUAUAUGCUGUACACGGUGAACAUACCGGGAAACCGGUUUGUGCAAGGUGACAACACAAUAUUCCUGAAACAGCCAAGAUGCAAUGGUCCCUUUCAAGGGAUUAUGUAUGACUACCUUCGUCUUGAAGGCCCUCCUUAG